AUGCCGCGGGGAGUCCCAGUUGCCACUGUGGGGAUUAACAAUAGCAUCAACGCGGCACUUUUGGCAGCUCGGAUCCUGGGAGCCUUUGACUGGCAGCUUCGAAGGAAGGUGGAGGAGUAUGCGAAGAAUGCGAAAGUGGAUAAUUUAGAUAUAAAGGGGGCGAAGAUGAGGGAGAUUGGAUGGGAGAGGUAUUUUGAGGAGAUGCCGAAAUGA